UACAGGUUGAGUUUACAAGUCUUGUAUUUGUUGUACUAGACUUUUUUUUAUUUACUCGUUGUAGAAGCUGAAGCAAUAGCAUCGAGCCAUCAUUAAUAUUCAUUCAUGAAAGUGGUAAAAAACCCGUUUGUUUUCCUUGUUUCCAACGUUAGUUACCCAUUUGUUACUCGCAAAGUUAGAAAAAAUGAAAAAUGAAAAGCAGGCUUUCAUCUCCCAGUGCUAGGGAGAAAAUUUCCGCGCCAAAGGGAUACUGGGAUCAUAGUCAAAAUUCUUCGCCAGGAAGAUCUAGUAGUGCUGAAAGGAAAAACCAAGCAUCAUCUCCCAAGAUUAGCGUUUCUUUUUCUGGUUUUAGUGGUAUAUUAACAACCGAAAAUAAGAUGAAGAAUCCGCCAGGCGCCGCACAGCCACAGAGAACUAGUGGGAAGACUAGUAUGAAGAAGGCACCGUCAACUUCUUCAUCGUCGACGCCCUCAUCCGCGACGUCUUCGUCCUCGAAGCUGAUUGUUGGUGAUGGGGAACCUGCGUCGUCAUCUUCUUUGUCUAGUAACGCUUUGCAUUUAAGUCUGGUGCCUAUUUCUUCAUCAACAAUGGCUUUUGCUACAGCCCUUCCCCAUCUCUCCAUCAACCAAGGCAAUACCAGGAUUCGAAAUGAGCUGUGGAUAAACCCCGUGACAGGCCGUGUAGAAGCGUAUCAGACGUCGGCCGGCUACGCCAAUGUUCUGAGCAAAUGGGACGAUCAUUUGGCUCGUUCUUGUAAUUUGAUCACGCCAAAAACCCAAGAUCCAGCGUCCUCUCCGGAAGAAUCUGAGCACUUAAUCGCGCAAGAAGAAACAUUUGACGCAGUGUUUAGAGAUGACUAUUCCAGUGAUGAAGAAGGCGAAGAUGCUAGAAGAGAGAAUGGGAGUGAUGGCUCUGCGUCACAGGACCUUGGCGGCUCUGAGGAUGUUGAUAACCUCGAUGGUCAAGGUGCGUGGAUUUCGGAAGUGAAUGAAGCUGGAGAAGAAAAACGACUUCAUCUUCUACAACCUGAAAAUAUAAUUAGACCUGCUUCAACAGCUUCUGGAACUAAAACUAUUGCAUCAUCUUCAACAGAUUUAGUUGUAGCUUCUCCUCCAGGAGAUAGCACAACAACUACCACGACCACUGUCUCUACGACCAAAAAUCAUCAUCAUUUUGCGCCAAAAGACACCAAAUACGAGUCUGACGAUGAGGAAGACAAGCAGUAUCCGUACCUCUGGUUCCGCCGUCAAGGGAAAUGGACUCCAGACGCCGAUGCGGAGCUUGUCUCUGGCGUUCAGUGGCAAGCUAGCACUGAAGCUAGAGAAAUGGACCUCCUGUUCGAGCGCUUGCCGCAAGAAAAACGUCGCACACAUUUGGGCAACGUUGGGCAGAGAGGUGCUGCUGGAGGCGCAGGAGGACAUGGCCAAAGCGAGUUUCAUCGAAUUUUCCGGUUCUGCGAUGAGAAUCCAGACUUAGUGAACAGCCUCGAUUGGCGAGCCGUAGCAGCAUAUGUCACCUGCACAGUAAAUGCGAAAAAGGUGCGGUCGUAUUGCAAUAGCACCAACAGAAUGAGACACGAGGAGCGACGUAAACUAGGCUUGAUAAGAAAAUUAACGACAAAAAAGGGCUUUGGGUUUGAAGGAAACGGUGUAAACGGUGAGGGUGUAGUAGAAGAAGAGGAUCCAGCCGAAGCCGAGUGGUGGGAAAAUGGAGACUUUUUUUUAGAUGAAUUAGAAGAUCAUGGACAAGAAGGAGAGCCGUCAUCUUCUUCAUCAUCUUCCUCUGCGAAGAACAAUUCUAGUAGUAGGAGAAAUAACCUCUCACAAGCACAGCAGGCAAAACUCCUAGCUUUACCAGACGCUGUAGAUGCUGAUGAGAUUACAGCGGAGAUUUUCACGUCUUUGCUAGAAGGCAGUGCGCAGAGCGCGAUUCCGCACAUCCACUUGGUGAGAAAACGCAAGUUGGCGAAGAAGAAAGCAGGAGCAGAUAGCAUUUCAACAAAGCAAAACCUCCCAUUCCACCAAGGUAACAACAAGAGCCCAUCUUCUUCAAAUAGAAAUAAGCAGUGGUCUUCUGAGGACGAUUUACUGGCAGACGACGAUCGAGCUACUUUUGGCGAGCACGAAGAGUUCGAUGACAUUGAAGAGGUUGUGUUGGGCGACGGCGGAGACGACGAGGCGGAUAAGGACAAUAUUACUGCUGAGAAGCAACAGGGACACGAUGAACAAGAAUUAAUAUUAAGGGUUCCCACAUUACAUCCCUCACUAGUAUCAUCCCUGACUCUUUUUCCAUUUCCUGUAGGAAAAAAUGAGUCAGGGAUCACGUUCUGAGGAAUGAUGUAAUUCCGUAAGAACUUCUAAUAAUAAGUCAAGAUACUUCUACAACUUCAACUUCCUCCAGCGGUCUGAAAAACAAGAUCCGCUUAGUCGUCUAUUCCGCAAGAGAUUGCCUGCAAAGAUUCGGGUAUCUGCGUGAGGAGAGAAAUAGCUUGAUAUGGGAGAAGACCAAGAAGACCGCUAACUUCUUCACUUCGGGCCUGAUGGAGCGUCCGUGGUCUAAGGCGGAGGAAAAAGCCCUACUAGCACUGCUCAGUGUCUAUGGAGAGCGCGGCAACUGGGUAGAGAUCACGAAGAAAUUGACCGACUUGGAGCCACAGAUCAUCGAGGAGGAAAAGCGAGAAGAAGCGAAAGAGAAAGAAGGAAAUUCGAGCAUCAAGUCGAAGAAGAAGAAUAUGGUCGUGGGACUGGGAGGUAAAAACAAGAAUACGGGAGGCGCAGGCGCUAAAGGUAGUACUUCUGCUGGAGGUGAAAAUGGUGACGAGUAUGGAGAAGCAGAUAAAGAAGCAGAUACUUGCACCUCCACUUCCACUGGUGCGAAUAUGGCUCGUCGUCCUCGUUCCGUCUGGGGUGUGUUCACGCAUUAUCUUCGCGCCUUGGACAACUCCACUCGCAUGUUGGGGUUCGAUUCCAAGGAGUGGUCUGAGGAAGACAAGGGCAGGAUCCUCAGCUUUGUGCGUGCGAAUUGGAGUCAGCCUCGCUUUCCUUGGCAGGUUUUUCAGUAUAACCACAUGCCGAAGAGACCGCUGAUGUCGUUUGGUCUGGUGAUGCGGAAAAUGGUCGGCUACCAGAAUCCGGAGUGGUCUAGACCCGAAUUAGAGAGGCUAGAAAUCAUCCGUCGGGUGAUGCGACUGCCCUCUCACAGUAAGAAAUGGCUCGUCGCUGCUGAGAAUACUACGCAAGAAGGAGUACUUGGAGGAGCACAGGCAGAGCAGACCACGACCACAGAUCUUCAGGUGGAAGGAACUUUUAGUUCCAACGACGCAGGCAAAGACACCGAUCUUCGUUCUCUGAUCACUCCCAGUGAAAAAGAGCUUCUGAGUCAACGUUUGUUCAUCGACUCUUGUGUCCCUGACUUCUUUCCGGAACGCAUCGUUCUCAUGCUGAAACGACAAUUGGAAAGGCAAGAACAAGCCCAAAAAGUGCCUUUCAAAUGGACUGCUGAAAAAGACGCAGCCUUGAAGGAGUGCAUUGAAUUCUAUAGGCCAGGCAUGUGGCAAGAAAUAUCGGAGCGCAUGUCAUCGAAAUACGGCUACAAAGUCCCACCUUUGCGGAUUCAUACCAGGUUCAUGCGCCAAAACUAUGACGGCAUGGCGGACUUUUACGACAGUCUUUUGGCGAAAAGCUACGCGUGCUUCCCGCAUCGACCGGCUGGGUAUGGACGAUCGUUUAAACAAGAACUGUUUAUGGAGCAGAAGACUAAUUUGACAGUAGGAGAGGUGCUAGAUGAAGAAAAUAACAUGCAAAAAGCAGCUUUUUCGACAUUGGAGGAUGUUGACGUUGGAGGUGAUCAUGUUGCAAGUCGUGGUACGUCUUCCGCGGCUGCUGCAAGCCCGGCCACAUCAUCUUCUUCCACCAGUGCUAAUGGUUCAAAUGUAUUAACUGAAAAAUACGGGGGCACUACAACAGGUGGAGUUCUUCUAGCCGCGGGAGCUGACCAAGAGCCGACAAAAAGUAAUACCAGAGAUUCCUCCGGACCUGCUAAGAAGAAAAGACGUGUUGUCGAUAAAACUUUCUCAAAUGUGAUCGACAACGUUUUCCUCGAUGCUGGUGAGGGCAAAAAUAUGCCCAGUACAGGUGUUACUGGUGGUGGCAUAGGAGUAUUGCUUGAAGGAGGAAAGGGCCUUCGAGGUGGAAGACGAGGUCGUGGUAAUAGAAGGAAAAACAACAAGAAGAAGGAAGAAAACUUGAUCGCGGAUGACAUGGAAGUUGAUGACUUGCCAUUAGAAGAUGCGCCAGUAGAUGGGCGUGAGGAUGCUCAUCUAGAAUUCGCCGACUAUGAGGACGACGACGACGGACUACCUGAGUACAAACGCUCUGGUCCUGCAGGAGGAGGUGGUCUUCAAGCUGCUAGUAAAAACGGCAAAGCCAACUUGAACAUAGCCAAUGGAUCCAACAAGCGGCUGCAUAAACAAGAUCCAUCUUCAGCCGCAAUACCACAUGAUCAUCAGGCAGAUGACGCUACUAGUGCAAAUCAUGACAAGAAAUCUUCCGAAAUUUCCUUCCUCCAUUCCGCCGCCACUCUCGAAGAACUUGCCGCAACUGCUACUUCCGCUACAGAGUUGAGACACAGACUUUUGACUACCAAAGUGGUGAAAGGGAACACGAAGUUGGAUCAGAUCUUGAAGCGUGGUAUUGUGAGACGCGCUAUCGAGAAAACAGAACGAGUGGCGAAACUUCAAGGGCGUCAAACGAGGGCAGAGAAGGAAAUGGAGAGAAACAUGCUUCAUGACUUGAGGCAGCUGGCUGCUUCACGGAGUGAAGUAGAUGCAGCGUGAAGAAGCGGCUGUGAUUGAUGCUAACUACUCACUGGAUUUCAGACAAUCAAUAGAUUUUACUUAUACUUUUUAGAUCAUUUUCCGAUAGCAGUAUGCGUAUGGCCAAGAAAGGCUAUCUUCAACGCGGACUGAGUAGUUUCGUGGUCAACGACCACACAAAAGCUACUAGGACGUUCUGCGAAGACUGUCAGAGUGCUUUAAUUUUAGUCCAUUCAAUGUACAAGUACAUCUCUUGCUUAAGAACAAUAAGAAGAAAGCAAAAAAAAGUACUAGUUGUUCAAAAAAAGCAGGGCGCUUCAAGUUACAUGUACAACCACUCAAAUCCACUGAUUUUUUUACCUUUCUCAAGCACUCAAAUAUCCAAGGACAUUUAUCAAACACUCGAACAUCAAAGGAUAUUAAGAUCACUCGUCGUAAAUCACCCGAUCUUCUAGGUCUCGGUAUAUCUACAACAACAUGAUGAACAGACUUUACACGACGUUGAAGAUGAAGCAAACAGAACUUUUUCUUGAACAUCGAAAGGUGCUCCCGAAUACAACCUCU